AUGGCCAGUUUGAUAUUGGAGGUUGUUCGGUUAUGCCAAACAGCUGGCCGAGCACUGGCCGAACACAGAUGCGGGAUACAGUUUUUUAACGGCUCUACACGCGCCAAGUUGGCCAACAAAUUGGUAGUGUUGGGCAAUCUGUACGAUCCGUUAACAAAAUUUGGUCCAUUAAUCGAUGGCCGACAAUAUGAAAAAGUAAUGUCAAUGAUAGAGACGGGUGUCCGGGAAGGCGCCCGACUAAUGACUGGUGGCAAACGAUGGGUGAUUGAUAGGACAAAUAACAGUGACUACGGUCUGAAUGCCGGUGUCUUUACCGAUGAUAUCAACAAAGCACUGGUAGUCGCCAGUGAACUGCAAGUAGGAAAGGUAGCCAUCAAUAUGCACAGUUCGUUUGAGUGCAGAUGCCGUUUGGCGGUUGCAAACAAUCAGGAUUUGGCCGAAUAUUCGGUAAAGACUGUCUACAAGAGUAUCUCGAAGUCAAAUCGGUAA